AUGGCUGCUAUAAACAAGCAAAGUAAUUUGCAUUUAUGCAAAAGCUUGCCGGAAAAUGAACCAGUAGUUUAUGCGCUAACAGCCAAGAGGUAUGAUACUUUUAUUGAAUAUACGAGGCGGUGGAGUACUUUGUGUAAAUAACCAGAAAAGACGGUAGCUUUGGCGAACUCUAGAUAUUUAGAAUUGACAUUCGAACAGGCUGGUGAGUUGUAUUUUCACAAAUCGUGCUACAAAAGAUACACAGAUGAUUUAAAGUUGAAGCGUGCAAAAAGUGGAAUGGUCAGUAUACUUAAUAAAUUUAAUAAUAUAGGCUGUACAUAUACAUUAAUCUUCUAAAUUAUUUCAAAUUAUUCGCUCAAAAAUAUUGUUGUUUGUUAACAAUUUAUGAAGGAAAGUACUCACGAAGACCAUGGAUUUAAAAGAUUAAGAUCGUCGACCAACGAUUUAGCCCCUUCAGAAAAGAAAAGAUCAAAUAUUCUACCUUUCACUUGCAUCAUUUGCCAGAAACAGCUCAAGUGGGUUACUGUAGGUGGAAAGCAAGUUCGUGACAAAUUUUCCCAGGCAGAAACUGAGACAGCUGGUCAAUAAAAUUUAAUUUAUUAUCAUCAAUAUACUUAAUGUGUAAUUUUGUAUUGUGGACGUAUAAUAUUUUCUUGACCCUCCAAGGGCACUGGUUUAAUUUUUGCAGCCAUCUCCUGUUAUGGGCAAAUUCAUGGCCCACCUCUGUUUGAUUGGAAUUUCCCAGAUGGCAAUUGCCAGGAGCUUCUAAUUGAUUCACCCUGCAACACCAUAUGUGCUGCUCGCUUGUUUCAAAGUGCUAUUUUUAGGAAAUCUUCUCUAUGCAGCUGAACAAAAGCAAGAUGAAAACAUUUUGAAGCACAUUUGUGACCGUGAUUCUGGGGCGGAUCUAGGGUAAGUCCAAUCAGUCGUGUGACUGACGUAUUUUUUGCAAAGAAAUUAUUAAUUUAUUAUUUCGAAAUUUGAAUAAUUAAUUCCCGAAUAUAAUAUGAAAUUCAUAUCAUAGUCCAGUAUACGUCUUUACGAGCUCAGUUUUGAAUAAAUAUAUGCUUUAUCAAGAGCAGCGGUAAAACGCAAGAAUCUCGCAGAAUCGGGUGGUCGUUAUGCUCAUUUGAUUGGUCGAGAGGUCAUUUGGACUUAUCUCGACUGAUCUGUGGGGUGGCCGGACUGAUUUGCACUUUAAGGGAGUCUUUGUCAGUCCAUUUCGUUCCUUUGAUUGGUCAAUUUGAAAAUAUUGUGGGGUGGUCGGACUGAUUUGCAACUUAAGGGAGUUUUUAUGGGGUGGUCCGACUGAUUUGCACUUUAAGGGAGUUUUUAUCAGUCCAUAUCUUUCAUUUUGAUUGGUCAAUUUGAAAUUAUUGACAAUUCCUAUUGGUUCAUUUUUUUGGACUGAUUCGGACUUAUUCGCGGUAGGGGAUAUCAGUCCUUGAAAAUUGCGAAAUUCAUGCAAAGCAGUCUUUCAUAUUCCCGUAUAUGAAGGUUUUUCAUAGUUGGGACAAUUAUUUUACGAUGUUGAUUAUUUAUAUGUGCGCGGCCGAUUUUACGAGAGGAUUUAACGGCCUUUAAUAAACUUGAAUUGUCUCUGAAUGAGGAUUAUUGUGGGGCAGCUAAGAUAUCAAGCGAGCAGCUUUUAUAAUGUUGUUCUGUUCAACAACGAGAAGGCACUAAGUUGGGACUUUUCUGCUACGUGCUUCACAAAGAUCAUGGUCGUAAUUUGGGUGGUAAAGUCAAAGGAAAGUGUACACUGCUAUAAUGUAUGAAAAUAUCCAAAAUUAUGAAACAGAAAUCAAAUGACUAUAUUGCAAUGUUAUUGUAUCUUGUAUGAUAAAUGCGAAGUUGAAAUAUAACACGCUUUAAUACAUUUUUACACGCAAUCGACUUGCAACUUAUAAUGCGCUUUCGGGCCUUAUAGCUUUCCUGCUGUAUUUAUAAUUUAUAAAUGCAUUGCCAUUAUAAAAAGGGCCAGAAUAGAGCAUUGCCAUUGGAGUGUUAAAACAAUAUAAUUUGGAUGAUUUGCAUUGCAUGAAAGAUUUGCGAUGAAUAUCGUUAUAAUAUACAAGUGAUAUUUAUAGCAUAUUGUAAUUCAUUGAAUAAAAAAUGCAUUUUACAAAGUAUAAUUGAAAUAUUACUCUUUCUUUUGCUUGAGAAUUUUGAUUCACAAACAGCGAGUUAUAUUGGAUCAGUCAUUGGUAUCAUAUCACUUCAAUUUGCAAAGGAUUUCAUGAGCCAAACUCAAAGGCUAUUGAAAGUUGAAACUACAUGAUGUGUUUUGUAAUAUGACCCUCCGUUAGUAAAUCUAAUUCCGAGGACUGGGAGAAGGCACGUUUGUGAGAUCAUAAAAAAAGCAUUUGCUUGAUGUACUUUAUAAUCUUUGGAUUUCUGUAAAAUCUCACUGCCAAAACGCUUGAAAUCGCAUUUCAGAGACUCUAGAUUUCAAAUUUUUCCGGGGGGGGGGUAUGCACCCAGACUCCCCUAGCAUGUCUCACGCCUUCGGCGUUCGACUUAUGUUUGAAAAAUCCUAGAUCUGCACCUGCCGUGAUUGUAUUGCAAUAGAGGUUAAAUACCACAGAAGCUGUUUCAAACAAUACUGCAGAGGAAUAACCUACACGCAAGAAAGGUAUUAAUACAAAAUGCGAUAAUGUGUACUUGCUAUAGGUGAAUGAAUUUUAAACCUCAAGGCUUCAUCAUCCUUUCGGCCAGGUUGUCAUUGAUGAUUAUUACUACAUAUACGUCUUGUACUACCAGACAUUGUUUACUUCAUUUCAUGGUAAUAAAUGGUGAUAAUCUUCAUUAAAAUAUGUUCUGUACAUUUAUUUUCAGUCCUCAAGAUAAUAUUGAAUUGACCAGCAAUGAUAUAUUCCAUUGUCCUUCAGCCAGUGAUGAAGAUUCAGAACCUAGCCUUUGUGAUAUAAGUGACAUGCCCAUCGACAAAACCGACAUAAAAAACAUCAAACUGUACCAUACUGGCUUGGCUGCAAAGAAGAGCAUAGCAGAUCAAUCGGAUUGGAAUAUCAAUUGGCCACCUACUUCAGAAGUAAUCAGUGAAGAAGAAUGUGCUAAACUUGUGCCUGUAGAAUUAUUCAAUCUUUUAGCCCUGGUAACUAAUGCCACAGAAGAAGUUCCACCUUCUGACACCUUUGUGGAAGUGACUGAUGAGGCAAGAGCUAAACUUGUAUCUAUUUGCAUGGAUAUUAUUUACCUGUCAUCAAAUGGACGGAUACAAACACCGAAGUCUCUUGCUCUGGUCUUACAUUGCGACACUUGA